AUCUGUCAAAAAAUGUUUCCAUUCGUUCUGGUGUCUCGUGUUGUUUGGAAAAAUAUAAAUCAAAACUACUAUGUUUUCCGCGCUAAUCAUGCAUAAUUUUAUCUUCGUUGUGUAGUUCUGUGUUUUGCUUUUAAGUGUUAGUGUUUUGUGUCUGAAAUAAUGAAGGAAGCAAGCUAAUUCGCAAGUGGAAUUUGCCACCAUUAACAUUGUUUUAGCGGGACGAGCCCAUAUUAUUUUUCUAGAUGCUGCCCUCUAUGCCAAUUUUGUUUACAAGAGAUAGCCAGGAUGCUUUUGGUAAUAAAAUUGUGCCGGGUACUAGUUCUUCCAAACAGGAUUUUGCUCCUAAAAUUGGUAUAAACCCUGAGCCACCUCCUCAAAAAGCGGAUCAAAAUCCUUCAUUGCCUGUGCAGAAUGAGUUAAAAAAUGAUAAUCAGGUUAAAGAGAAAAAGCCAGCUAAGGCUCUUGAGUCAACAGAGACCAAUGCAUUGGAUGCAGCGUUAGUUAGAUCCUAUUACACAAAAGUACAAUCAAGGUUUUCUUCAAACCAGUCGGUGCCUACCAAUAAGUUUGUACAGUUCCAAAGUCUAUUGAAAUCUUUCGACCCUACCAAGGAGACUCCGGUAGAGUUAUAUAGAAAGAUAGAGCAGUUAUUUGGUGUAGAGCAUAAGGAUUUUGUAGAGGACUUCUUAUUGUUUUUGAAGAAGGGACAAGCAGUGGAAGUGGGAAGGUUCUCCGACCAUUUAAUGUUGAUGAAAAUUACAAAUUUUAUACAGUUGUUACAAUCGUCUCUGUCACGCAAACCGACGGUGCUCCGCAAGGUUCUCCGCGCAAUUUCGAGUGCGCUCGUCAGCGGCGCCGGAGCCGAGCUGAAGACCCGCGUGUCGCCGCACCUGCGCGCGCACCCGAAGCUCUCCGCCAUGUUUAAGUCGCUGUUUCCUGACGAACGACCACCGGAUAGUUUAUAUGAAGCCGGCGUGGACACGUUGCAUGAGAGCUUCCUCACUGACGACAAGGGUUACGACGUGUGGACGUUUCCCGAGGAGAAGUACAAUAGGAGGCAGCCCACAGACAACAAGGGGCUUGACACUGUGUACCUGCACGGUCGGGUGUUCCUCCAACACGGCAGGAUGCUCCGAGCAGCCUGCGUCACCUACCCCUACAGCAAGGAGCCCUAUCGGGUGCGACCCGACGAACCCCCUGAACCCAAACCCCAGAAGAAAAAGAAAACCCCCAAAUCACCCACCAAGAACAUCAAAGACGUCAACGACAACACGAAAAAAGAAGUACUUAAAAGCCCGAAAAAGAAUGUAAAGAAAAAGGAGAAGGAAGUGUUAAAAAGAGAGAAAAAAGACAAGACUGUGAUCACAGAGGCUCCCAAACCGAAAAUCGCGAAGAUCGAAGUCACAGCGACUGAAAUUAAAAAAGAAAUUAAAAGUAACUGGACUAGGGAGGAAGAUAAGACUAUGUUGCAAGUAUUAAAAGGCGAAGCGGGCUCAGAACAAGUAUUUGGAAGGAUACAGGAGUCACUUCCCCAUAGAUCGCAUACGGAAAUCAAGGAGAGGUUCUGCCAUGUCAUGAGCUUGCUACAGGAGAUGGCCGUUGGUGAGGUCACGUAGCAACCCGAACUGAUUAUUGUUAAGAGUAUUUAUAAUUUGUUAAUGAAUAAAUUUAUUUUUGACUUUUAGA